AUGUCGGUCUCGUCGUUCCUGCCGCAGCUGGAUACACUACAGCCGCAUGGCUAUACGAGUAGUAAAUGGGCCAGCGAGGUAUUUCUUGAGAAGGCGAGUACACGAUAUGGAGUCCCUGUUACGGUAUAUCGGCCCACUGGCCUCAGCCUCAUGAGCGGCGACGGGGAUGGUUAUGAAGGUAGCCGAAUUGAUAAAAGUGACCCUCCGACAUUUGGAGGAAAUGUGUUGGGCAGUGUGCUAGCCCUGUCCCGGGCAAUGAGGGCCGUGCCCAGGACAACGGGAUGGAAAGGGUACAUUGACUUAGUCAGUGUGGAGAACGCUUCGAGACAGGUAAUUGAGCGUGUCCUUCUCCCCCAGAAAUCAGCCGUCCAUCGUAAGCUGUUGGUAAAAGGUAAUGUUGCUGCUACCAGCAGCCGGGUUCGGUACAUGCAUAUCUGCGGUGAGAAGCGGUUUCGCAUUUGCGAAUUAAAGGCCUUUUUGGAGAGUGAGCAAGAGAAAGGGAAAGAUAAGGGGGUAGCACGGUAUAGUGAGCUUGAGUGGAAAGACUGGCUUGGUCAGGCAAAAUUUUAUGGGAUCGAUGCUGGUGUUGCGGUGUACCUGGAGCGAUUCCAGGGCCAGGAGCUGCGUGGUGGUCCAGAAAUAAGAGGGCUUCAGUUGCCCGAAAGCGGUAAUAUAGAGGACUGUGCAACGCAUGACAAGCUAGAAGAUAGCUUGUAG